ACCACAGAUAGCAGAAGCAAAGCCAGAGGGAGUGAGGAGAGGAGAGGAGUCAGUCGCUCCAGGGGCAGGGAGAGAGUGAGACAGGCUGAGGGAAGGAGAACAGAAAGUGUGUGUAAAACGGAGUAAAGAAGGGGGGCUAAAAAAAACCCCUACCCUUAAAGCACAUUUUAAAAACUCUGGCAACUCAAGAAAGAAACAGGCUACGUAUCUGAACAUAGAGACAAUGAAAAACUACAGAAAAUUUUGCUGUCUCUGCCACAGUCUCAUAGGUGCUAGGAAAUGAAAGUGGAACUGCCUGUCUUUAACCGACUCUGAGAGGGUAACUGGAUUAGGGACCGUAAGAGGGUGAAGGGGAGUCACCGCACACACAGAACUGACUUGGAAGGCAAGGAAGAUGGGCAUCCUCAGCAUAGACUUGCUGAUCACAUUGCAGAUUCUGCCAGUUUUCUUCUCCAACUGCCUCUUCCUGGCGCUCUAUGACUCGGUCAUUCUCCUCAAGCACGUGGUGCUGCUCUUGAGCCGCUCCAAGUCCACUCGCGGGGAGUGGAGGCGCAUGCUGACCUCAGAGGGGAUGCGCUGCAUCUGGAAGAGCUUCCUCCUGGAUGCCUACAAACAGGUGAAAUUGGGUGAAGAUGCCCCCAAUUCCAGUGUGGUACAUGUCUCCAAUAAUGAAGGAGGCAAUGACAAGGAAAAUGGUGCCCAGGAGAAGAUAACUGAUGGAGCGGAGUGCCACCUUCUUGACUUUGCCAGCCCUGAGCGCCCACUGGUGGUCAACUUCGGCUCAGCCACUUGACCUCCUUUUACUAACCAGCUGCCAGCCUUCAGCAAACUGAUAGAGGAGUUCUCAUCAGUGGCUGACUUCCUGUUGGUCUACAUUGAUGAGGCUCAUCCUUCAGAUGGUUGGGCGGUGCCUGGGGAUUCUUCUUUGUCUUUUGAGGUGAAGAAGCACAGGAACCAGGAAGACCGAUGUGCAGCUGCCCACCAGCUUCUGGAGCGUUUCUCCUUGCCGCCCCAGUGCCGAGUUGUGGCUGACUGCAUGGACAAUAAUGCCAAUGUAGCCUAUGGGGUAGCCUUUGAACGUGUGUGUAUUGUGCAGAGACAGAAAAUUGCUUAUCUGGGAGGAAAGGGUCCCUUCUUCUACAACCUCCAAGAAGUCCGGCAUUGGCUGGAGAAGAAUUUCAACAAGAGAUGAAAUCUAGAUUAACUGGUUAAAGGUAUGAUUGUAAUGGAGCUUUUUUUUUUUUUUAAGUAUAUAUAUAUAUAUAUAGGAAACUAAGAACUGAAUCCACUAGUUCAGCUGAAUCUCAUUGCCUCCACUGAAUCUCAUUGCCUCACUGAAAGACAGGAAUUUAUAUGUCAAAAGAACAUAAACCUCUAACAUCUCAAUGCUUUUUUCGACACUCAAAAGAGCAUUUGGCUAAAUAGUAGCCCCAUUACUUCUCUUUCUGAAAAAAAAAAAAAAAAAAAAAAAACUUCAAAUUUUUUCUGACUGUAAAGAUCCCAAGAUGGAGAGGAAGAAGCCCUGUUUGCGACAGCUUAUGCAUGCUUUGGGACCUGAAGAAAAGACUCACCUGAAUAACUACCAUGUUAGGGAAGAAGUUACUGUUCUUGUUAGCAUAAGGGGUAUUGCCUAGGCUUUAUUCAGCAUGGAUAGAGCUCAACUAGAAAAUUAUUAAAUAUUUAUUUAUAAUGGUGCCUUGAACCAAGGCCAGGUGGUUAGGACCUUGGUGUUGAAAUGUUAGUUUCUGAUGUUCUAGUUUCUAGCCAUGUAAUGCUCUAUACCAGUCUAAACAUCCCAGAGAUAUCAAGAAUGUUUCCUACCUGGAGAUUUAGAAUGAUCAUCUAAAACCUGAGAGUUACUUUCAAGGCAGGUGAGGAAAACCAAGUUGACUAGCUAGGAAAAGGAGGCAGAAGGAUUAGGAAGCAUCAUAGAGUUUCACCUUGAGACUAAUUUUUUAUCCACAGAAACAUGAAAACAUACACAAGAUCAGAAAAAGAAGUAGCUCAAUUAAAAAUAACAUAGAGAAUAUACACUACACAGGGAAUCAAUGUAUUUAUCAUAGUGUACUCCUAGAUUGAGGAAGAAAGGGGAAUUGAAAGGGAAAACACACUCUAAUAUUUGUAUUUCUGAGGUCUUUUUUUAAAAUAAUUACUUUUUGAAACA